AUGUCGUACGGCGGUGGCUAUGGCGGAGGCCGCGGCGGCGGCGGUGGUUACGGAGGCGGACACUCCAACGGGUACGAUGCCUACGGAGGCUACGACUACGGUUCUCAAGGUCGCUACGAUGAUCAUUCCUACUCAGCUGGAUACGGCGGCGGACAUGGCCAUUCCAACGGCGGAGGCGGUUACUCGAACGGCUACUCGGGCUCGAACGGCUACAGUGGAGGAGGAGGCGGCGGCUUUGGAGGCGGCGACCGCAUGAGCAACCUCGGCGCAGGUCUGAAGCAACAGAACUGGGACAUGAAUACACUUCCAAAGUUCGAGAAGUCGUUCUACAAGGAGGCACCCACGGUCGCUGCCCGCUCGCAGGCUGAAGUCGAUGCGUUUCGCAAGGAGAAUCAGAUCGCCAUUCAAGGUCGCGACGUCCCAAAGCCAGUCGAGACCUUCGACGAGGCCGGCUUCCCCAACUAUGUCAUGACUGAGGUCAAGGCUCAGGGCUUCGCCAAGCCCACCGCCAUUCAGUCGCAGGGCUGGCCGAUGGCUCUUUCUGGUCGCGACGUCGUCGGUAUUGCCGAGACCGGAUCUGGAAAGACCCUCACCUACACCCUCCCUGCCAUCGUCCACAUCAACGCGCAGCCACUCCUCUCCCCAGGCGAUGGCCCCAUCGUCCUCAUCCUGGCACCAACCCGUGAGUUGGCGGUCCAAAUUCAAGAAGAAGUCAGCAAGUUUGGAAAGUCUUCGCGCAUCCGCAACACUUGCGUCUACGGCGGUGUUCCAAAGGGUGGCCAGAUUCGUGAUCUCUCUCGUGGUGUCGAGGUCUGCAUUGCCACCCCAGGCCGUCUCAUCGACAUGCUGGAGUCCGGAAAGACCAACCUCCGCCGCGUCACUUACCUGGUUCUGGACGAGGCCGACCGCAUGCUCGAUAUGGGUUUCGAGCCUCAGAUCCGCAAGAUCAUCGGCCAGAUUCGCCCUGACCGUCAGACCUGCAUGUGGUCUGCCACCUGGCCGAAGGAAGUCCGCCAGCUUGCCUCCGAUUACCAGCAGAACUUCAUCCAGGUCAACGUCGGUUCGCACGAUCUAGCUGCUAACCAUCGUAUCACGCAGGUUGUCGAAGUCGUCUCCGACUUUGAGAAGCGUGAGAAGAUGUCCAAGCACCUGGAGCGUAUCAUGGAGGAGCCCAGCCACAAGAUCCUCGUCUUCACCGGAACCAAGCGCACGGCCGACGACAUCACCCGCUUCCUCCGCCAGGACGGCUGGCCAGCACUUUCCAUCCACGGCGACAAGCAGCAGAACGAGCGCGACUGGGUGCUCAAUGAGUUCAAGACGGGCAAGAGCCCAAUCAUGGUCGCCACCGACGUGGCUUCCCGUGGUAUCGACGUCAAGGACAUCACUCAUGUGUUCAACUACGACUACCCCAACAACUCGGAAGACUACGUUCAUCGUAUCGGCCGUACCGCUCGUGCUGGUCGCAUGGGCACUGCCAUCACCCUCUUCACUGCUGACAACUCCAAGCAAGCUCGUGACCUCCUGAACAUCCUCAAGGAGGCAAACCAGACCAUCGACCCACGCCUUGCCGAGAUGGCUCGCUACGGCGGCGGUGGAGGUGGCGGUGGUCGCGGCUGGGGCGGUGGCCGUGGCCGUGGAGGAGGCCGAGGCGGAGGUGGAGGAGGCUGGACCGGCAGCAACAACGCUCCGAUCGGUGGCAACCGCCGCUGGUAA